AUCACGCAGCCUUAUCUCGAGAAUGUUUUGGGCAUCUAUAAAUAUGUUUAUUUUGUUUGAAUUAUAUAUCCCAUGUUCCAUUAUACGAUUUCUCUCUCUUCUUCUCUGCGCUGGUCUGACACUUCCGGUUGUUUGAUUAGACAAAGCUCAAGAAGUAUGGGCAACCUUCUAUGCUUUGUUCAAGUUGAUCAAUCCAAUGUAGCUAUCAAGGAGAAAUUUGGGAAGUUUGAGGAAGUGCUUGAGCCAGGAUGCCAUUUUGUGCCUUGGGUCUUUGGGAGCAAUAUAGCUGGGCAUCUCUCUCUUAGGUUGCAGCAGUUGGACGUGCGUUGUGAGACCAAGACAAAGGAUAAUGUAUUUGUCAAUGUUGUUGCAUCUAUCCAAUACCGAGCCUUGGCUAAUAAUGCGAGUGAUGCUUUCUAUAAACUAAGCAAUACAAAAUCCCAAAUCCAGGCCUAUGUUUUUGAUGUGAUUAGAGCAAGCGUUCCUAAGCUCGAUCUAGAUGAUGUUUUCGUGCAGAAGAACGGAAUUGCUAAAGCCGUAGAAGAGGAGCUUGAAAAGGCCAUGUCUGCCUAUGGUUUUGAGAUAGUUCAGACUUUAAUUGUUGAUAUAGAGCCUGAUGAGCACGUGAAGCGAGCAAUGAAUGAAAUCAAUGCUGCUUCAAGGCUGAGAGCAGCAGCAACUGAUAAGGCAGAGGCUGAGAAGAUUGUUCAAAUUAAACGAGCAGAGGGUGAGGCAGAAGCAAAAUAUUUGUCAGGGAUGGGUAUUGCUCGUCAGCGUCAGGCGAUCGUGGAUGGUCUGAGAGACAGUGUAUUAGGGUUCUCAGUGAAUGUUCCAGGAACAACUGCAAAAGAUGUUAUGGACAUGGUCCUUGUCACUCAAUAUUUUGACACCAUGAAGGAGAUUGGUGCUUCCUCUAAGUCAUCUGCUGUUUUUAUACCUCAUGGACCUGGUGCUGUUCGUGAUGUUGCAACCCAAAUUCGUGAAGGACUGCUUCAAGCAUCACAGAUCACCGAGUAAUUAGGAUCUCUUCACAAUGUUUACUUGGUCUUCUUAUAAAAUAUAAGUGAAUAUGUCAUGUCCACCAUGUUGUGUCUUCUUUUGUGGAGAUUGUUGUAAGUUCAAAUGUGGCAACACUAGCAAUCCUUAGUAGUUUUUGUUCCUUCUUAUGCAAGCAUUUGAUUAAGUAUUGAUGUAAGUAAAGUCGGUUGUGACUUUGAACAGCUUUCUGUUUUUGUUCUUUCUCCAAGAAAUUGAAUAAAGCCUUCAUAUAAUUUUAUGAUCA